GUAGUGAUUGGAAAAAGCAUAAAAUCCUAGAAUUUUCCAAUCAUAAAUUAAUAUACAAAAUACAAUCACAAGAAGAUAACGAAAAAUGAUGCCUACUGUAACUUACUUUCAUCCAUCUCUCUGGGGUGACCAGUUUCUGCGCUUCACUCCUUUGCCUCAGGCAACUCAAUUGAAAAAAGAACAAGAAAAUAAGUGCCUAAGAGAAGAGGUGAAGAAGGAGCUUGUUUCCAGCGGUAAAAAUGGAAAAGAUCAGCUAAAAUUGAUCGAAGCAAUAGAAAGGCUUGGGGUAGCUUAUCACUUUGAGAAAGAGAUUGAUGAAGCUUUACAGGAAAUGUAUGAGACUUAUGAUGAUGGAUGUGAUGAUAUUUACCAUGUUGCUACUCUCUUUCGUAUUCUCAGGCAACAUGGUUUUCCUGUGUCUUCUGAUGUUUUCAAGAAGUUUAAGGAUGAUGAAGGAGGCUUCAAGGAUUGGGAUGUUGAAGGUAUUCUAAGUUUGUAUGAGGCAUGUCACGUUAGAAUCAAUGGAGAUGAUAUAUUAGAUGAAGCUUUAACAUACGCAACUACUCAACUUAAAACAAUAAUGUCAAAAAAUUUGAGUUCUCCAUUGGGUGAACAAGUAGCUCAUGCUCUUUACCAACCUCUUCACAAAGGAUUUAUUCGACUUGAGUCAAAACACUACAUCUCAUUCUAUCAAAAACAUGCUUCUCACAACAUUUCUCUUCUUAAUUUCGCCAAAUCCGACUUCAAUUUACUCCAAUUAUUGCAUCAAAAGGAAUUGCGAGACGUUACAAGUUGGUGGAAAGAAUUGUACAAGAAGUCACCAUUUACAAGAGAUAGAUUGGUGGAAGGCUAUUUUUGGAUAUUGGGGUGCUAUUAUGAACCUCAAUAUUCUCAUGCAAGAAAAAUCUUCAUCAAAAUUUUGAUGAUUUUGCAAGUUUUUGACGAUAUAUUUGAUGUUUAUGGCACCUUUGAUAUUCUUGAGCUUCUCGUUGAAGCAGUUAAUAGAUGGGAUUAUAGCUACGUAGCACGAUUGCCCCAAUACUUCAACAGUUGUUAUCAAGUUCUUCUGGAAACUGUAGAAGAAGUGGAGAAAGAACUUGCUAAAGAAGGAAGGUCAUAUGGUGCAGAUCACAUUAAAUUGCAGUUAAAACGAACAUGUAAAACAUGGCUUCAAGAAGCAAAAUGGAGGCGUGAAAAACACGUACCAAAAUAUGAAGAGUAUAUGGAAGUAGCAAGAGUAACAAUUGCAUACAAUGUAGCCAUCGUUGCCUCAUUUCUAGGGAUGGGAUCCAUUGCCACCAAACAAAGCUUUGAAUGGAUGUAUCAGCAUCCCAUGCCUAAACCAGUCACUGCUUCCCUAACCAUCUUCAGGCUCAUGAAUGAUGUUGCUGGCUCCAAGUAUGAGCAGAGUAGUAGAGACCAUGUAGCAUCUUCAAUACAAUGCUACAUGAAAGAAUUUGGCCAGAUGGAAGAGGAGCAAAUUUACCAGAUAUUAGAACACCAAGUCGAAGAUGCAUGGAAGGAUAUAAAUGAGGGAAUGCUUCGACCAUUUGUGAUCCCAAAACCUUUACUGGAUCGAAUUCUAAACCUGGCUCGUGCUCCAGAAUUGUUUUACAAACAAAGAACUGAAGGUUACACUGUUGUUAACCCAAUUGUUCAAGAUAAAAUUGCAUCAGUUCUUGUUCAUCCCAUCCCCUUUUGAGCUUGUUCUUCAAUUUCUGUUACUUUUAUUAUCGUAUAAGAUUUAAUUUUAGCUGGAUUGUUUGUCUUAUUAUUAACAUGGAGACGGUACAAAAUAGCCAUUGAUGUGUCAACAAAAUGUGUGUUUUGUUUAAUUUAAGGAAUAUAUGAAGAUAUUGUCUAUUUGUUCUGAA